AUUCAUUCGUUACUAUACCAACAAUCGCACAACACGUCGUAUGUGGUGAGUCAGUCGGUUACAUAUACAGCGAAAACCAAUCGACAUGAGUAAGACUAGCAAAUCUUGACAUUGAGUAAACAAACGCAUUGCAGCAGCUCAGCUCAGCUGUUAGUACCAGCUAUUAUCAGAAAGUGAGAUUUCGGACAAUCUCUUCUACUCUCUUUCGCUGUGUUUAUUCUUAAGUGCCAAUCGACAAUAAGAAAUCAAACGAAAUGUAUCAAAGUGUUGACGAAAUGUAUCGUCUGGACAUAGCAAGCAGUUCGUUUCCAAGGGAUUACAGUUAUUCGUCGUAUGAAGACAACGAUCGGGCUGGAUCACCGCCGAUUGAGAACGAUGAAAGACCACGAAUACUUUUGAUGGGCUUGAGACGAUCGGGCAAAAGUUCGAUACAAAAAGUGGUUUUCCAUAAAAUGUCACCGAACGAAACACUAUUCCUGGAGUCGACGAACAAAAUUGUGAAAAGCGACAUAGACAACAAUAGUUUUGUGCCGUUUCAGUGCUGGGAUUUCCCAGGUCAGAUUGAUUUUUUCGAUCCGGCCUUCGAUUCGGACAUCAUUUUCAGACGAUGUGAUGCACUGGUAUUCGUUAUUGACGCUCAUGAUGAUUACAUCGAAGCCCUGGCCAAGCUAAACAAAACCGUUCUCAAAGCAUACGAAGUGAAUAAAUCCAUCAAAUUCGAGGUGUUUAUCCAUAAAGUCGAUGGGAUAAAUGAUGAUUUGAAAAUGGAAACACAACGUGAUAUUCAUUCGAGAGCCAUCGAUGAUUUAUCGGAUGCUGGAUUCGAACGCAUUUGCUUGAAUUUCCAUUUGACAUCUAUUUACGAUUACUCCAUAUUCGAGGCCUUUUCCAAGGUCCUCCAAAAAUUAAUACCAAAAUUGCCGAAGAUCGAAAAUCUUCUGAAUAUUUUUAUUGUGAAUUCUGGCGUAGAAAAGGCGUUUCUCUUUGAUGUGAUGUCUAAAAUUUACAUAGCUACUGAUAGUUCGCCGGUUGAUAUGCAAAGCUUUGAACUAUGCUGUGAUAUGAUUGAUGUUGUUAUCGACUUGUCGUCUAUUUAUAGCGCCGAUCACAAUGCGUCCAUCGAUGAACAAAGUGGCAGCAUAAUCAAAUUGAACAAUGGAAUCAUUCUGUAUUUACGGGAAAUCAAUCGUUUUCUGGCACUUGUCUGCAUCUUGCGCGAGUACAAUUUCUCGAGACAAGCCAUUGUCGAUUUCAAUUUUAUGUGCCUCCAUGAUGCGAUUUACAAGAUAUUUUCGGUGCAAUUGCCGAAAAAGACCGAAGAAUACAGUCAAAUGAAUGACGAUUACUCCGAUCAUCAGACCAACGGUAGCCUCGUUGUUCAACAGAACCGAAGCCUCGUUAAUGGCAGCUCGAAACAAUCAUCAACAUCAGUCCAUCAAUCAAAUUCUCAACUUACAACUUACUUGCUAAAUAACAAAUUCCGAAGCAUUGAUGAUUAAAUGAAUGUUUUUGUGAGAAUCUCAAAAUCUCAUAUGAGUCGAAUUAAGUUCUAAUAAAUAUACAGACCAUAAAUGCAAUGUUCAACAAUAAAA